AUGGCGCAUUCAGCCGCAGUCAUCGGCUCCACCGGCCUCGUCGGAUCUCACCUUUUGUCCAACCUCAUCACCUCAGAGGCCUUCGCCACCAUAAACACCCUCUCACGCCGCCCGCCCAAGGCUGGUGGCACCACGCUCAAGCCCAUCAUCGAGGCCGACACCACCGCAUGGCCGCCCAAGUUGGCUGCGCUGCAGCCGCCCCCAACUGUCGUCUUCUCCGCCUUGGGCACCACGCGCGCGGCCGCCGGAAGCAUCGCCGAGCAGUGGAAGAUCGACCAUGACCUCAAUGUCGAGCUCGUCAAAGCUGCCAAGGCCGCGGGCGCGAAGGCUUUCGUCUUCGUCUCGAGCGCGGGAACCCGCGGUCUCAUCGCAGGCCAGGCCCCUUACUCCAAGAUGAAGAAUGGUGUCGAGGACGCUAUCAAAGAGGCCGAGUUCGACCACGGUAUCAUCCUUAAGCCGGGCAUGAUUCUCGGCGAGCGCGAGCAGAGUCGUGCCGCCGAGGGCAUUUUUCAGACGGCCGUUAGGUCCCUAGGGUACCUCAGCCGCAACGUCCAGGACAGCAUUGGUCAGGACGCCGAUGUCAUUGCCCGCGCGGCCGUGCACGCCGCCAUCCUCGUGGAGCAGGGCAAGGCGCCUAAGGGCCUGUGGGUCAUUGAAGCCGCCGAUAUUGUUCGCCUUGGCCGGACGGAGUGGAAGCACGGUGCUUGGCCGCGGUCGUAA